AUGGGGAAAGUUGCUCCUGCUUUCGAGAUUCGUUUCAACGGGACAGAUUCGGAAUUUGAAUCUGUUCCGAUAAAUCCGGACCUUAACCCACAUGAACGAAACGUACCAGACCCUUUCAGAAAACGUGAUAAAAUUCCUCGAAACUCUGGUAAUAUGUCAGAAUAUUCGACAAAUAAUGUUAACUUAUCUCCACAAAAACCUAGCGUUGAUACACGAAUAUCACCUUCAACUCCAAAUAAACAAUAUACCAAAAAUAAUGGUGAUAGUUUUCAUGGUUCUCAAUUAAAAACAUUAAAAGACGUGAAUAAUUCGAAUAACUCUUCGUCCAAUACAAAUGAUAAUCUUACAAAAGUAAAAUCUUGGAAUUCUGUUGGCCCUGAAUUUGAAAAACUGGAUCAUGUGACUGCUGGUAAGAUCGAAAAUGACUCAUUUACGGAUAAUGAUAAUCCAUCCACGAGUACAAGCUCAACUAUAGCAUUUGAUUCAGCUGUACGGAAUAAUCAAUCAAAUAAAAAACGCCCGUUGCCUGAAGAAAGUGGUAGUGAAAAGGAAAAUGUUAUUAUCAACUCUGAAAAUACUAUUCAACCUCUUUAUUCAAAUAAGGAUUUGAAUGGUACUACCGAGAUGGUAGUAUCAAUUACCAGGAAGAAUACUCUAAAAAGUAUUCAUAAAAGUAAAAAAAUCAAUACGAAUGAUUAUAAGGAUGACGAUAAUAAUCUUAUAGUAAAGGGUAUAGCUACUCCACCUGCCACUCCACCGAGAAGUCCUCCUAUGACUCCAAUGAUUACACAAACUCCAUCUAAUAGUGAUUCAACUUCAGAGACAGGUCAUCCUAUAACCCCAAUGACUGCACAAACUCCAAUUACUGAUGGGUCAACAUCAGAAUCAAUUACUAUAACUGCACAAACUCCAUCUAGUGAUGCGUUAAUAUAUGAUUCAGUUAUUAUAACAACACUGACUACACAGACUCCAACUGUGUCAACAUUCAAAAAAGCUACAAAUGAAAGAAGCUCACAAUCAUCGGAUGAUUUUCCAAUAGUAGAAUCAAAGUCAACCUCUACGGAUUCACAAAUUUCACCAACCCGUGCUCCAAGAAUUUCAAAGUCUCGCCCGAUCAUCACUGCUUAUUCAUUAGAAUUACAAGAUCAACUUGAACCUGAUCCUUCAAUAAAUGAUGAACCUCCUAAAAAAACUAUAAUUUCUCAUGAUGACAUAAUCAUACCUACUUUAGCAAAAAAACUUAAAAUGAAUGGACAAUUACCUUAUUCUAAUCAUGAAGCUCUGCUAGGAAUUAGUGAUGAACUUGAUGAACAUGUUACACCAAGAUCAAGACCAGAAUCAGGAUACAUGGAUAUAACCGAUCAAGUUGAAAAUCUUUUUGAGGAUGUAGACGAUCAAGUUGAAGACGAUUCACUAAAGAAUGCGAAAAAACGUUCGUCAGUUAUAAGUUAUCAACGACGUCGUCGACGAUCUGCUCCGAGAAGGCCGACAAGGAUUUCAACUAAAUCUCGUCCAAGUUCUCGAAGGAAUAGUAAAACAUAUAGUAGCGUUGAAGUACAAACUGAUGAUACAAUGUUUUCUUAUCCAAUGGAGGAUUAUCCUUUUAACGAAGACAUUAGAAGACGUGAUAGAAAAUCACGAAGAGAAGAAUUCGUGUUGUUGAUUAAAGAUGAAGAUGAAGUUAAUAUUGAGCCAAUAACACAUUCCGAAUCAUCGACUUCAACUACACCAAAACCACUUGUCCUAGAAAAUGGGCCUAUUGAACAAAAUACGACGUUGACAGGAAUUAAUAAUGACAAAAUAUCAUGA